AUGCGGGAAGGAUACAUUCGCAUGUUCAUCUCCUGGUUGAGGGUCAUUAUCAAAACAACUGCAUUUCGAUCGUACAGGAGUCUCCUCUCUAUUCUUCUGCGACUGAUCCGACACUGUCAAUCUGUCGUGAAUGGAAAGGAAGGGGAAUUUCGUGAGCGGCCCGGUUUGGCAUCGAGCUCUCAGCCAGUGGCCAACCAACCCGAGCUGACGCCUUCUGUGAGCCUUGCAGUGCCCUUACUUGAGGCACCUCUGCAAACCAAAGAAUUCCAAUCUGGAAUGGACGUUCAUAUGCCAAUUCCAGAGCCCUACGAAGGGACAAAUAUUAAUGUCACAGCUCAUGAUACACAAUCUCCUGGGAGCUCUGCUGUGCCGUUUCCACCAAUGUCUAUGCCCGAGCCCAGUAUCCCCGUGACUGUCGCCAUGUCACCGCCUCCUACGACGCCAGGACAGAACGUUGAUAUCUUUCUAACUCCCAUUGUACCUGAACCACAGGUCAGACGAUAUGAAAGGCAUAUUCCCAUAAAUAGUGAGUACAAGCCAUUUGAGGUUAAGAAAGGUCCUUUGGACUGUUCAGAGGAGUUUGCUGCAGUAGAAGGAUGGGAGCCGCUCACGCACCCCGAAGGGGCAUUAUUCUUCUAUCAGCCAUAUAAAAGAGUUUUCACUGAUGCCAAUGUUCGAGAUUCUGAAACUGCUGUCAAAAUAAACAAAGCUAUUGAGACGGCGUACGAAGGCGCGCAAAAGGCAGGCAUCUCCUUGGAUUCUUCCGUCGAGCUCGCAUUGGAGCUCUUUGUGGAGGGGGACAAAGAGUUUUUGGGCUACUACUUUGUCGACCACGAAAGACGUGUCAUUUUCUGGUUCGAAGACUACAAAUGCUUUGAACUUGUGAAUAAUGUUCGAGGUGUAGAGCGCAAAAGCCACAUCAAGUAUGCAUUAGAUUCACAGUAUUGGUUCGUGUGGCCUUCAGAUGAUUUACAAUACCGUGACGUUGGCAGGAGACAUGUUGAGCUAUUUCCAAACAAACGCGUCCUUCCUGAAGAUAUUAUCAUAACGCUCAAAGAAAUUGUCAUGCAUGCUCAUGCAGAAAACAUCACUUCUGAAACGUGCCUAGCACCUUUUGCCCCAAGUGAGGUUGCAAGUAUGCUUGGCCUUGUGGAUCAUCUCAAGGGUGAAUCAUUCCCUGAUGCAGGAGAGUUGUUGUUGAUCGUCUUUUUAGGCAGUACUAACAAGGAGCGUGAACACUCCGUGUGGAUUGCUGCUCGAUUUAUGAGGCUUUUCUGCAACGCGAAGUUUGUGAAUUUCUGUGGACAACCAGGUGCCCGACUUGACGUAGAUCAAUCAUUAUAUGGAGAACAUGACACCCGUUCGAAAAAACUCAUUCUUCGUAUCAUGAAUGUUAUUCUGUUUGGAUCCCCAGUUGCUCAAAGCAAGGCAAUUCACAGGAUAUGGGUCGAUGAAACCAUCGUUCAACCACGAUGGAAGGGUUUUAUUGAUAGGCUCACCACCGAAUGGAAUGGAUAUACAAUAUUUUCUACUGUGAUGCUCGCUGUCAACAUUAGUUUUCUCGCGGUCCCAACUAUCGCGCCUCAAACAGCCGCGAUCGUUUUAACAUAUCUGUCUUCCCUCUGCGCCAUGGGCUCUUUAGUGGUCUCGCUGAUCUUGGCUGGACAAGUUAAUGACAGCCGGCGAGGCUCCGCUGCAGACGUGGCCUCUUUUAUGGUAGGAAUGUCGGAGUCUAUGCUGGGCCUCGAAAGCCUUGCCCUGAUGCUCAGCCUGCCGUUUGCACUUCUGAUUUGGGGAAUGACGUUCUUUGCUGGAGCAUUGUCCACCCUAAUCUUUCGCACUUCUGGUAUUGUCGCCAUUUCAAUCGCAUCUCCAGUUUGGGUCGCCGUAUUCGUCCUGGCGACGUGGCCUGUACUUGCCGCCAAUAACAUUCACAUUUCUCAGCUGAGGUUCUGGAUCAUAGAACAUGUUUUACCUCAGGCUGCGGGACCCAUCAUAAUCUCUCAUCGCUAA